AUGCCCAUUAUCGAAGAUCCAAACAAUCCAGAUGCUCCAUUUCAAUGUGAUUCCGCACCAAUUCUACUCUAUCUGGAUGCUAAAUAUCCACAAUCAUCAAUAUCACUUUUUCCAUCGUCAUCAUCUGGCCAACGUCAAAGUGUCAUUGACAUGUGUCUUCGUCUCGAUUCAGAAUUAGGUCUUUAUACACGUCGCUUAGCCUACGUUCAAUUGUUCAACGAGAAAAUGAGCGUAAUCUCGAUUCUUCUCGGUGAAAAGUUUCGAUGGGCCUAUAAUCCCAAUGAUAUUCGUUCUCGUUUAAUUAGUCCUUUUGUUGCUUGCUUCAUGAUAGCUCGAUAUCGACUUCAUCGCAUUGACGAAGAGCACAUACGAGAAAAAACUGAACGAAUACUUUUAGAGAUUGUCGAUCGUUUACGUACGCACGAUUAUCUGAUUGGUGAGCAAUUCUCGGCGGCCGAUCUAACGUUUUGUUCGCUUGUCAAACCAGCCAUGCACGUAUCAUAUUUUCAUGAUGAUCCUCGAUUUCAAGUUAUUUUUGAUUAUCACGAACAAAUUCGACAAAACAAAAUUUAUGCACCAUCAACUGACGAACAAGAAACACUUGAAUUCAAGAUACCAUCAUCAUCAUAUAAUGAACAACAGCCACGAGAGGCAUUCAAUGAUCAACGAAUUACAAACAACCAGUCAAUAUGGUCAAUGGUAACAUUUCUGGUCCGAUAUUUGUGUCAUCUCUAUUUUACAAUUCCUGGUCAAGCUGCACAUCUGAAGUAA